AUGGUCAAUGCUCGCUCUGGCCAUGUGCGCCGCGCCAUGUGCUUUUGGUGCUUGGGCACCGCCUACCUGACACUCUCAAGUAGGGCUGAUGCUUUUGGUGGCACAUUUGCUUUCAACCCCACUCCGCGAUCGACAGCCUUGGAUGGUACCUUGCGACAGCAUUUUUGCCGCUCGAGAAGGGCAUCCAGCAUCAGGUCUGCCGAGAGCUACCAAAAGCCAAAUCCCACACCGCUUUGGACCUUGAAAGUCACCCAACUGCUGUUGUUUUCAGCGAAUGUUUGCUUGGUCCGCUUCAUCACCGUCUACUACCAUGAGUUGGGUUUCAGCCGCAAACUCAUGGGCCUUUUGCAGUUUCUGAUGCCGAUGAUGUCCUUUGUGGGUGGCCUCUUUUGGUCUGUGAUUGUAGACCGGACUGGCUCCUAUAGAGGCACCCUCACCAGCACCAGCCUUCUUGGAGUUGUGGCAGUCUUUGGAUAUUUGUUACCACAAAUUGGACACAACUUACCGUUGCUUCUGGUGAUUACCUUGCUACAUGGGUUUUUGACAGCACCGUCUGGCCCUAUCGUCGACGGCCUUUGCUUAAAGGUCCUGUCCGAACAAACAGCUGCCAAGAAGGAGGACUAUGGAGAUCAACGGUUGUGGAGUGCAAUUGGCUUUGGCAGCAUGGCGCUGGUGGCUGGAAAGCUGGUGGACAUCUAUGGGACCAAGUGCAUUUUCUUUUGCUACGCAGUCCUUGUGGGGCUAAACAUUCUUGUAGUUCAGCUGUUUAUCUAUGACAGCCCAUCCUCCAACCAGAAAGGUGCUCCUCCCCAGGUGUCCUUCACACAGUGGCUCAAAACCCUGCUGAAGUUUGAGCCCUUGUGGAUGUUGAUCAACCUUCUGAUCUAUGGCAUGUUGAUUGCUCUCAUUGAGAAUUUCCUGAAUGUCUUCAUUGUGCAGGACUUCAAGAACGCGCCCAAUGUAAUUGUCGGUGCAGCAACUGCAGUGAUGUGUGUCUUCGAGAUCCCUGUGUUCAAGUACAUCGACAACUUGUGGACCAAGCGUGGCUAUAGCUUGGUGACAGUGCUGUGGUUUGCAGAGCUGGUCAUGGCUUUGCGUUGCUUCCUCUAUGCCAUUUUGCCACGACAUCAGCCAUGGCUGGUGCUGUUUGUUGAGCCACUCCACGGUUUCACCUUCGCAGCAGUCUGGUGUGCCACUGUCACCUAUGCAAACCGUUUAGCAUUACCUGGAACAGAGGCGAAGAUGCAAGCGCUCAUCAACGGCUUAUAUUUCAAUGUGGCAGCUGCUUUGGGCUCAUAUUUUUGGGGCUGUGCAUCGCAAAAGCCUCCAGCUGGCUUGGGCUUUACUAACUGUUUCAUCUUGGACGGAGUGUUCACCAUAGCGUGGUUGUUGAUAUGGGCCGUGGGGUAUGCCAUGAAAUCAAGGAUGCGGAAGUCAAGGACAUACCCCUAG